AUGGUUACUAUCGAGAUUCUUACGGGCACAAACUUCAAGAAAUGGAAAGAGGGUUUUUUGUUUGCUAUGGAGACGGCUGAUGUUCAUAUAUCUUUUCAUAUGGACAAGCCAGCAAACUUAGAUGACAGGAGUGCUAAUGAUGAUAAGACAAUACAUGCUGCAUGGACAAAGAGUAAUCGUCUUUGUUUGUUGUCCUUGAAGAGGACCAUUAAGGAGCAUCUGAAAAGUGGUUUCCCUUCUAAUUGCAUUGCUAAGGAGUUGUUGGCUGCAGUGGCACUGAGGUACCGAGUCUCAUCUAAUGCUGAAAUAGGAACCCUUCUGCAGGAACUCUUUAACAUGACUUAUAAUGGUUCUAGAGGAGUUAGAGAUUAUAUCAUUAGGAUGGUUGAUUACCAAACCAAACUCAAAGCCCUGAAUGUUUCAUUUCUUGACACUUGUAUUAUCCAUCAAGCCUUGAACACCCUUCCACCUGAAUUUGGGAUUAUCAAGACCAACUAUAGAUCUGCUGAUGAAACUUGA